GCCACGGCGAACCCUCAUCGCCGCCGCCGCCGCCGCAGCAGCAGUGGGGAGCAGCGAUGAGCUUCGAGGGGAUCGACGAGUGGGACGAGAACUUCCUCGACGAGGUCCUCCGAAUCGAGCUCGACGCCAUCUCCUCGCGCAACCCCGCCCGCCCCGACCCCUCCCCGCCGCCGCCGCCACCUCCGCCUCCGCCGCCGACGAUCGCCGCCCCGCCCCGGAACCCUAGCUGGUUCCGAUCGGACCACGACCACCCCCUCGCCACCCCCGUUCCGGCCUCGGCGUCCGACGCCGCCGCCAUCGGAUUCGGCUUCUCCCCGCCGCGGGAGCUCUCGCAGAGGUUCGCCGAGAGGAACCCUAAGCCCGGUGCGGAUCCCGAUUGCGAGAUUGUGGAGCCUAGGGUUUUGAGGAACGGUCGCCUCUGCGGCAGCGGCGGAGGCGGCGGCAGGGAGGUUGAGAGGUUGAAGAGGGAGCUGAGUCGCGUCUCCAAGCAACUAGGCCACUUGGACCAUGAAUGCGUAGAACUCAGGAGGGACAAAGCAAAGAAAGAUGAGCAACUCAAAGGUAUGCUGGCACAGAUUGAUGCCAAAGAUAAGGAGAUCCACAACUUGAAGAGGGCAAAUGUGGAUGCUUCUAAGCGAGAUCUUCAUUGUAAUAUCGAUGAAAAAAAUACUAGGGCUUCCUAUCAGGCAUCUGAGAGGACGGCAGUUAAAUGCUAUGUUAAAUCCAAUGAAGCAAUUGAUCCUGCUGUUUCUGAAUUGAACCGCCGAAUUAUAAAUGAUAAUAGUACGAGUACAUCCAGCGGAGGCAGCAUAAAGGAAAGCUACUCUUCUGAGAAUAAUAAUGUACUGCAGAAGUUUAAUAAGACUGUUGGAGUUCAAACAGAUAUUUCCGAUUGCAGUAAUUUUCAUCGAAGAAACUUGUCAGUGAGAUGCAUGUCAGAAAAGCUGCUUUCAAUAUGGGGUGGUGGGAACAACAAAAGGACUCGAGGAGAUCUGAGAAAGGAGUUUUUGGUGUCAUGCUCAGAAGAUCUUUUUGCGCUGUUUAGAUGCAUGAGACAAUCCGAAAUUGAUGCAAACUGUUGCACUUCUGACUCUGCUUUGCAUGAUACCCUGUCUCAAUUGCAUGCAACAGUAACAAAGAUGCAUAAUGGGUCUGGCCAGAUACAUACUUUAAUUGAAGCACUACUCGGUCUCUGCGCUUCUGAAAAUGUUUUCAUUGUGGAUAGAUCUUUGCGGGUAUUGCACAGCAUCUUGCGCCACUUGCUAAGUUCCGAGGUUUUAUCUAAUAGAAAGAACAGUGUCCUGGUUGAGCAAUCUCCGGCGGACAAUGUUAAAGAUGAGUGGGAAAUUGGGAAAAAGCAGCUAUUGGCUGUAUUCAAUGAUAUCGAGAAGGGAUUGGAUGAACAUGAAAAUCCAGGUUCUAUUUUGACGAAUAUUAGAGAAUCUGAUGCUCAAGAUCCAUUCAGCAAAGUGGAUGUAUUUUACAAGAAAAGUACAUUUAUACCAUUCAGAAGCUGGAUUUCAAUAUUCAAUUUGGUACAACGAGUUGCUGUGAAGAACUCGAAAGAGAGUAUCAGAACUGAAGCAUUGUCGAUAAUGAUUCUUAUUUUGAUGUGUAGCGACCCCAUUACCGAACGAGAAAAAUUUGGGCCGAUGCCUUUGCUGGAAAGCGUACAUCAGUUAUUGCAAAAGGAAGUUGGGUUGGUUGUACAAAAGCAAGCCGUCCAUCUACUUUUCUUGCUCUUGAACUGCCCAAAAAUGCUGACGUUGUUCUGCACUGGAGGUAAAGGUGUUACCACGGAAACAGCCGAAGGCCAAAAUGAUGUAUUACAACAAGCACUCAGCUCAAUUCUCGAGGACUUAUCAGAAUGUUUAGUUCGUGGGGAAACUGGUACUCUGGAACUGAAGCUUCGCAGGGAAGUAAUCUUACUGUUGGCAUAUAUAGCAUCACAUGGUCGAUCUGGUUUCGAAGUUCUCUUAGCUCCAGUGAGACCACACGGAGUCAAUUUCUUAGAGUCGAUAGUACGAGUGCUCGCAUCCGAGAUGGAUGCGGAAAUAGUUGAUUGUGCUGAAGCACAAGCUCUUUGCAAAGAAAGGAAUUCGCUGAUGCGAGAAGCUUUAAUUCUCCUUAACCGAUUAUCGUCGCACCCGGCCUACUCAAAGACAACUCUGGAAGUACUAACAGGCAGCAAUCAGUGUGCGAGCUUGACGAUCGACAUUGCGAAUAGGAUUCCUCGAAGAAGCAGAGGGCAAUGGAAGCAGCACAAUCGUGCAAAGACACCUAUGGAAGCCGAGAUCGUCGACUUAGCUCGAUUGUUUAGGACGAGAGUGUUCGCAUUUCUAGGCGAGUGACAUCCAAGAUAGCCGACUCUUGUUUUUUUUUUAAUAUAUUUACACAUUGGAAGCUACUCAUUCAGAUGCCUGCAUUCUAAGCAGUUUCCCUUCGGAUAGAUUAGACGUAAUUUUGAGACUCGGGGGCAAAAUUUUACACUUUCGAGGCAAAAUUUUGGCUGCUGCCUGAUAGAGAGCUCGUGCGGCAGGAGAUUUUGGGAGAGUGAGGCCUAUUCUGCUUUCCUUUUCUUUUCCUUUUGUUGCUGUGUCAGUUGCUGGCACAUCGCAGCCGGGGGAGCGGCAGUCGAUUUUGGAAGUGUAUAUAAGAAUCAGAUGCAUCACGACGCUGCUGCUACCGUAAUGAAAUCUUCUAAUUUAUAAUCUUGCUACCCUGUAUAGUUUGUUUUACUCAGAAAACAAGCUGCAGGCGUAUUUUUAAUCAUUGCAAA